AAUAUAUGAAGACAGCUCUAUCUGUAAUAUGUGUGUCUUGAGACAUAAAGAUGACAAAGAGCUGAAGUAAAAGCACAUCAACGAGUUUUCACUUUCCAUUGGUUGCGAUUUUUUGAUAGGGUUUUCUCUUUUUCUUUUCCUUCUUGAUUUACCUUUCUCUUGAAAAUUGGCUGUUGGUGUGCUGUUUUCUGUGCUGGGGUUGAAGAUAGUGGGUAAAGUUUGAAGCUUUGAGUGGUGGGAGCAAGCAAUUCUCUUGAGUUCUUAGAGAAAUUCUUGGGAAAAAUCUCAUCUUUCUUUGGGGUGUUUGUUUUGUACCAAGUCAAAAGUGAUGGGAUUUUGUGUGGGUUCUUAGGGCUUUUCUGGGUGAUACAUUUGGAAGGAUUAAGGUGGUCAAAUUCUAGAAAAUGAGUGGUCGGAACACUUAAUCUGGUCCAACUUUGUUGAAUUGUUGGGAAAUCAAGAAUAAUUUUAUCUGCCUUUGAGAAUUUUGACCACUCUCUGAGAUUUGAAGGUUGCAGUUAUGGCUUCUCUUGGGACAAGAAGAUUUCCCUGUUGAGUGGAGAUAGAAUAGCAUUUACUGUGGGUAGUGUGAACUAUAGAUCUUCUAAACAAAAAAAGGUGGAUUCUUCUAUGAAUUAAUAACCAGUUGAGUCUGGGUAGUUUAAGUUCUGUAGAAUCUAUUGGGUUUUACAAGAUGAUUACUUUUAUGGAUUCCAAAGACACAGUGAGAGAACCAGAAAAGUGCUUAGAUUCUCAGUUAUGGCAUGCCUGUGCUGGUAGCAUGGUUCAAAUGCCGCCAGUGAACUCUAAGGUUUUCUACUUCCCUCAGGGGCACGCCGAGCAUGCCUCGAGCAAUGUUGAUUUCAGGAAUUCUUCGAGGAUUCCGUCCUAUAUUCCUUGCAGAAUGUCGGGUAUUAGGUAUAUGGCAGAUCCUGAGACCGAUGAGGUUUUCUCGAAGAUUAGAUUGGUUCCGGUUAGUAGGAAUGAGGUUGAGUUUGAGGAUGAUGGGGGGGUUGGGGGGGUUAAUGGAGGUGAUAGCCCUGAUAAACCGAGUUCUUUUGCGAAGACGUUGACACAAUCGGAUGCUAACAAUGGGGGAGGGUUUUCGGUGCCAAGGUAUUGUGCAGAGACGAUUUUUCCUCGGUUGGACUACUCGGCUGAUCCUCCGGUCCAGACCAUCCUUGCUAAAGAUGUGCACGGGGAGACUUGGAAGUUCAGGCAUAUUUAUCGAGGGACCCCGAGGCGGCAUCUUUUGACGACGGGGUGGAGUACGUUUGUGAACCAUAAAAAGCUUGUGGCAGGGGAUUCGAUUGUGUUCCUGAGGGCAGAGAAUGGGGAUCUUUGUGUCGGGAUUCGACGGGCGAAAAGGGGGAUCGGUGGUGGACCCGAAACGUCGUCCGGUUGGAAUCCAGUCGGGGGGAAUUGCAUGGUGCCCUAUGGAGGGUUUUCGGCUUUUCUUAGGGAGGAUGAGAACAAAUUGAUGAGAAAUGGGAAUGGGAGAAAUAACGGGAACUUGAUGGGCAGUGGAAAGGUGAAGGCUGAAUCGGUUGUUGAAGCUGCUAAUCUUGCAGUCAAUGGACAGCCCUUUGAGGUGAUUUACUACCCCCGAGCUAGCACUCCCGAGUUUUGCGUGAAAGCCUCUCUCGUCAAGACAGCAUUGCAGAUCCGUUGGUGCUCGGGGAUGAGGUUUAAGAUGGCCUUUGAAACCGAGGAUUCUUCCCGGAUAAGCUGGUUCAUGGGAACUAUAUCCUCGGUUCAGGUUGCAGAUCCAAUUCGCUGGCCAGAUUCUCCAUGGCGGCUUCUCCAGGUAACAUGGGACGAACCGGAUUUGCUUCAAAACGUGAAACGUGUUAGCCCGUGGCUAGUGGAAUUAGUAUCCAACAUGCCCACAAUGCAUAUCUCUCCGUUCUCGCCCCCGAGGAAGAAGUUUAGAUUACCUCAACAUCCCGAUUUCCCGUUUGAUGGACAACUUCCUAUGCCGGCUUUUUCCAGCAACCACUUUCUUGGUCCGAACGGCCCGUUUGGUUGUCUUCCCGACAACCCACCCCCUGCUGGCAUGCAGGGAGCCAGGCAUGCUCAAUAUGGUUUAUCAUUAUCAGAUCUCCAUUUCAAUAAACUACAAUCGUCGGGGUUUUUUCCCGUUGGUUUUCCUCCGCUCGAUCAUGCUGCUAUGCCCUCGAGACCUAACAAUAGUCCGGCAAUCCACAAGCCUUGCAGCACCGAGGAAAUUUCUUGCUUGCUAACCAUGGGAAAUUCUGCCGAGACGUUGAAAAAAUCUGAUAGUGGGAAAGCACCACUCGUUCUUUUUGGUAAACCUAUUCUCACCGAGCAGCAGAUCUCGUUAAGCUGCUCCGGUGAUACUGUUUCUCCCGUUGGCACCGGGAAUAGCUCGUCUGAUGGCAAUCCACAUAAUAAGCUGGGAAACACUUCUGACAGUUCCGGUCCUAACCUUAAUCUGCACGGCACCCUCGAAAACUCUCCACGUGACGGUUCCCAACCCGAGCCGAAUUUAGAGACGGGUCACUGUAAGGUUUUUAUGGAAUCAGAGGAUGUUGGCCGUACCCUGGAUCUUUCGUUACUAGAGUCAUACGAAAAGCUCAACAAAAAAUUAGCAGACAUGUUUGGCAUCGAAAACUCGGAAGUGCUGAAUCAUGUGCUGUACCGAGAUGUCACCGGUGCAGUCAAACACCUCGGUGAUGAACCUUUCAGCGAGUUCAUGAAAUCAGCCCGAAGAUUAAAGAUUCUAAUGGAUUCGAGCAGCAAUAAUGUAGGAGUAUAGAGAGUAAAGUACAUAAAGCCCGACUUCGAAUUCCAACUGUAUAGCUGGAUGACUGAGAGACCUAUGUUCCUUACAUGUUUAACUCGAUCUUCUUCUCGGAUUCUUAUUCAGGUUUUUCUCUUUCGGUUUUCAACUUAGAUUGCCUGCCCGCCUUUCCCCCCUUCGACACUAUGCUUGCCAUCGAGAAAUAUUUGUUGGGAUUUUUCGACGACAUUUCCUACAAAGAACAAGAUGCAUGAAACUUGUUUUUUGUAGGCUUUGCCUGCUGAUCAUCUAAAAGGUUAUGUUCUUAUUUAUUAAUGUUAAAGUUGCAGCCUUCUAAGAAGGCCUAGUUUUAGGUAGUUGAUGAAAGCUUUUGUUCCUUAUUAAUGGUGAAAAAAAAAA